AUGACGUCAGCUAAACAGGGUUCGGUCUCAUACCCACCGUCCCCUAGGCUUCCAGACCCAAGUUUGGAGGCAGAAAUGGCGGAUAAAUUUCCACAGCUUCCAAUCCCCCCUGAACCUCCGCCUGUAGCUUCUCCGGUCUCGUGGCCUAUACCGUCAAAGCACGGUUGCGGCCUCGUAUUGUUGUUGUGGACAGUUUACUCUCUAAUUGGAUCUUGUUACCAGGUCUCAUCCGCCCCUCGUGACUCACCGUUGUCUUCACUUGUCCCCACCUUCCGUCGCUGUCAUAAGGAAGCUGAUAUAAUCUCAAAGUUAUCUCCUCUAGUGGGAGAUAGAUCCCAUCCGAAGCUUCGACAAGACCAUGACCACCCUCUGCCGCGUCUACAACCGGUUGGAAUCUUCGUGUAUAGCAGCUGUAACUUUACGUCCCGGAGGAUGUCCUUCCACUUCUCCUCCCCAAUGUCGAUUACCCUCUGGAGCGAGAUCUCAAAAGAAUGGGCUUGGCCUAUUUCAAAAGGUUUGUGGCGGUUUGGCCCAUCCCGGAGGUUGCUACUUCCUCCGCCGCCAAAGCUCCCGUCGCCUCGGCUCACUCUUCUGUUAGCCGUGGCUCCACCUUUCCCCCUUCUUAACCACCCCCUCGAACUGGAUCUAUCCACUCCUCUCUAUCUAGAGUCCGAACCGGCACGAACACUAAGGAACCACCUCGAGGAUAUGAUAGAGAUGAAACCCUACCGGUGUGUUUUCUUUGGUUCUUCUAGUCUCGGAUCCAGCCGUGACGGAGGCGAACAAACGAGCCCAAAAUCCAUCGGCAACCCCAGCGAGAAACCUCCAGAUCUUCACGGACUUUGUAUGGUACUCUCCUCUCUGUCAUCCUCCAUAAAGAACGGCGAGUUCAUGGACCUACCAUCUCUCUAUGUGCCGAGAUCACAUUUUUGUUCCGCCUUCGACGAGAUCGAGAUUGAGAUUGCAUACCAAAGACGGAGCUGGCGAACUCUCAAUCUCCCAUAUCUUUGGCUCGCUAAUAAUCUAAAAAUCUUUUGGAGCCCAUUAUGCAAAAUACAGGCCGUGGGUAUUGCUCAGACACUUCGUUACUUGGCCGCGUGUAUAGCUUCUAAUGGCUGGAAAAUUAAUCUCCUCCCUGGCAAAAUUCUCGAAUUAUCCCUACCAAGUGGUACUGCCUAUUUUGUCAAAUUAGGCAAGUUGUUAUUGAGCUCGUUAAAAUUUUCGUCCUCCAAAUCGAGCUUGGAGAGACCAAGCUGCCUUCAUUGUGCUUCAUUUCAUCGAGUGUCGAGAUUCAUAUCUCCACGUAUGAGAGGGCCAAAGUUUUAUGAAUUCUCAAAUCCUGUAAUCCACUCCCAGUGGAAUAGUUCAAUUCCACCUUCUUCCAUCUUUUUCAGACUGGUCGUAUCUCCUUCCCUCUCUUGGAGAGGAGUCGGAUUCCCGAGCUUUAUGUCGGGUAUUCAAAGUCACAAUGUAAAGUGA